UUACGCGCGGUCGAUCCCAGUUGAUUCGAGUCGCGAGAAUCACCUGCGCUCCUGCAACACAUUUAUGAUACUCGCAGGAUUUUAAACACAGGAUACAGACAAUCGCACACGUGUGCCGAAAUGUCCAACCUCGCUCGCACUUUACGCCCUUUCCUGAGAUGCGUCCGCAGCCAGAGGAGAACCUACGCAGACGCGGCCGGUAAUCAAAUGAAGUUUACGUUCGCGGGUGCUAAUCAGGUGUUCUACGAUCAGGCUGCAAUCCGUCAAGUCGAUGUACCUUCCUUCUCGGGUUCCUUUGGCAUUCUACCAAAGCACGUGCCUACACUGGCGGUCUUGAAGCCUGGUGUAGUUUCAAUCUACGAAGAGGAUGGUUCGACCAAGAAAGUUUUCGUCUCCUCUGGUACCGUUACCAUUAAUGAGGAUGGCAGUGUACAGAUUCUAGCAGAAGAAGCCCAUCCAGUAGAAAACCUUGACAACUCGGCAGCAAGAGAUAUUCUUAACAAAGCUCAACAACAGCUUUCCUCCGCAUCGUCGGACGUAGAUAAGGCUGAAGCAAGUAUUGCUGUUGAAGUUGCAGAAGCUCUCGUGCAAGCUACACAAUAAGUGUUAUAUAUAUAUAUAUAUAAAUAAUAUGGAAUUACAUAUAUAUACAUAUAUAUACCUCGACACGCUAUCAGUUAGAAAGAGGCAUGUGUUCAACACAAUCUUGUCAUAAUAUAUUGUUGUAUGACAGUAUAACAACAAUAAAAAUGUGUUAAAUCA